AUGUUUAUAAAUCGAUGACUAUUCUCCACAAAUCACAAGGACAUCGGCACUCUCUAUUUAUUAUUCGGCGCUUGGGCCGGAAUGGCUGGUACUGCCCUCAGCCUGUUGAUCCGUGCAGAACUAGGUCAACCUGGCACUCUAUUAGGGGACGACCAAAUCUACAACGUAAUUGUCACCGCCCAUGCAUUCGUAAUAAUCUUCUUCAUAGUUAUACCCAUCAUAACCGGAGGUUUUGGAAACUGAUUAGUUCCCCUAAUAAUCGGAGCCCCCGACAUAGCAUUUCCUCGGAUAAACAAUAUAAGCUUUUGACUAUUGCCACCUUCUUUUCUACUACUAUUGGCUUCAUCCAUGGUAGAGGCGGGAGCGGGAACCGGAUGAACCGUCUACCCUCCUCUUGCAGGUAACCUAGCUCACGCAGGACCAUCCGUGGACCUGACAAUUUUCUCUCUUCACUUGGCAGGGGUAUCAUCCAUUCUAGGGGCCAUUAACUUUAUCACAACCAUUGUCAAUAUAAAACCUCCCGCAAUAUCCCAAUACCAGACGCCCUUAUUUGUAUGGUCCGUAUUAAUUACAGCGGUACUACUGCUGCUAUCACUACCAGUAGUGGCGGCUGGCAUUACUAUGCUGCUCACAGACCGAAAUCUGAAUACAACUUUCUUUCAUCCGUCCGGAGGAGGAGACCCCAUCUUGUAUCAACACCUAUUCUGAUUCUUUGGACAUCCCGAAGUAUAUAUCCUCAUUCUACCAGGAUUCGGAAUAAUUUCACACAUCGUCACCUACUACUCAGGAAAGAAGGAGCCUUUUGGCUAUAUAGGAAUGGUCUGGGCGAUAAUAUCUAUUGGCUUCUUAGGCUUUAUCGUAUGAGCACAUCAUAUAUUCACUGUAGGGAUAGAUGUUGACACACGAGCAUACUUUACCUCAGCUACCAUAAUCAUCGCAAUUCCGACAGGAGUCAAAGUAUUUAGCUGACUAGCUACUUUACAUGGAGGUAACAUCAAAUGAUCGCCUGCCAUACUAUGGGCCCUGGGAUUUAUCUUUCUAUUUACGGUAGGAGGCCUUACGGGCAUUGUACUGGCAAACUCAUCACUGGACAUCGUCCUCCAUGACACAUACUACGUGGUAGCACAUUUCCACUAUGUGCUAUCAAUAGGAGCGGUGUUUGCCAUUAUGGGUGGGUUCGUCCAUUGAUUCCCUCUAUUUUCAGGGUUCACACUUAAUAACACCUGAGCAAAAAUCCAUUUCACAAUCAUAUUUGUUGGAGUUAACAUGACAUUCUUUCCCCAACACUUUUUAGGACUAUCAGGAAUACCACGGCGAUAUUCUGAUUACCCAGAUGCCUAUACAGUAUGAAACACGGUCUCUUCUAUGGGUUCAUUCAUUUCACUAACCGCAGUCAUACUAAUAGUCUUCAUAGUCUGAGAGGCCUUCGCAUCCAAACGAGAAGUAGAAGCAGUUGAAUUAACGUCUUCUAAUAUCGAAUGACUGCAUGGAUGUCCUCCCCCAUAUCAUACAUUUGAAGAACCUGCUUACGUUAUAUCAAAGUAA